AUGAAGAGAGACGAACGGCGAUGGGAGAUCUUACCUGGAGGUUUGGUAGAGAAGCCCGGUAGGUUAGAGCAGCAUCGAUCCUAUCUGUUCGCUGAUGAAUGGGGGCUCGGGUUAAGUGAAGGUGCCUAUGAUUUGAAAUCAUUCCAAGUUUUUGAAGGGAAGACUGACUGCAGCCUCUGCCAUGUUGGAAUUUCAAACCCAAAACAGCUGCUUCGCAAAGAGCCAGCAUGCCAGCAGCUGAACGCCUGCGCAGAGCGCCGCCGAGCCAAAUUCAAAUCACUUUCACACUCGGAGCCAAAGAUCAGUUUUCAAAAAAGAGAGAGAGAAGAAGAAGAAGGUGGGGGGGGGAUAUCGGGAGGGAGAGAGAGAGAGACAGAGACGCACCAGAUUCAUGGGCAAGAAGAGGAGGAGAGGAAGCUCAAUGGCCGCGCGCUACUGCCGCCGCCGCCGCACCACCACCACCACCAGGCCCCUGGCUACACAGGUCAGGUUACAUGGUAG